AUGAGAGCAAUUCAAAUCCUCUUCAUCACUGCAGGCGGCAACAAAUCAUCCAAACUCUGGCGCUUCCAGUUCCUUCGAGCUUUCUUACUAGGUCAGAGGGCUGUCUUAAAAUUUGAGGGAGAUGAAUGGAAGACCCAUGCACGCCAGCUCCCGCCUCAGUCACAAGAGAACGCCCGAGCGGGCACGCGGUCGUCCUUGAUGAACCGCGAUCUCCUCACCCCAAGAGCCGCAGGCUCCGCUGACGCCGCCGGCGCGGAGAGGACUACGCUUCCCAGGAUGCGUCGGGGAACGAGGCCUCCGGGGCCGGGAGAGGGAGGGGGCGGCUCCAGUCCUCCGGGGCGUCGCUGUUUCCAAGCGCCGCGAUCUCGCCUAGUAACCGGCAGCGGAGGUUCACUAGCGCGGCGUUGUGGCCCCGCCCCCGGAGCCCCAGCUGAAGGAAGAACCUGUCUCCCGCGGCGCCCCAGUGACGAAGCCCAUCCCCGGGUGCGGGAGGCGGGGAGGGGAGGGCAGGCAGAGGAUUUCGCUCGCCCGCGCGGGAUCCAGGACGCGCCGGUGGCGUCCGCUGGCAGCAGAGACUGUCAGUUUCGGAUCCAAGGACAGCGAUGGCAGAACUCACCCGGGUUGCCUGUCAAAUCAAGGCUAUCGCAGAAUAAAUCCCGCCGCCUGCCGCGAAGCCCCGGCGCACCGCAAACUUCAGUGAGCGAACUGGGUGAUCGCUGUUGGGAUAUGCAGAUCCCUGAUGUAAAAGGCGGGGUGGCCCCCCCGAGAGCCUCUCCUGGGGGCCGGAGCCCGCAGGUGCAGUGAGGCGCGCGCGCGGGUGCCGGCGCCCCCAGAGCCGCCUUGCCCGGGGAGAGGGAGCCCGGCGCCCAGCGGGGUCUGGCGGCCGCACACCGGCGGCGGCGGCUUGUCUGCGGCGGCUGCAGCGGAUGAUGGUGGCGGCCGGCCCGCUGGGCUGUGCCUGUGCGUCGCCUCGGAAAUCAGCGCCCAGCGCCGCGCGCUGAGCCCCUGCAGGUCGGCCGCAGCCCCAGCCUCGGCGAGGACGGCUCCGGCGCGCGGGGGGGCGGGGGGCGCGCGGGGUCGGCUUAUCAUGGCGGAUCGGACGGCGCCCCGCUGCCAGCUCCGGCUGGAGUGGGUGUACGGGUACCGGGGUCACCAGUGCCGCAACAACCUGUACUACACGGCCGGCAAGGAGGUGGUCUACUUUGUGGCUGGGGUCGGGGUGGUUUACAACACCCGCGAGCACAGCCAAAAAUUCUUCCUGGGACACAACGACGACAUUAUCAGGUAAGGGGGUGGCCAGGGGCGGCGGGGAGAGGUUGCGUGUGGAGGCUGGGAGGGUGGGAAGAGGAUGACCACCUGGGCUUUCCCGGGGUCGGAUCCGGGAGCCCCGUGGAAUAGAGGAUUCUGUCUGGAGCCGCAUGGAAUUACCGAAGGGCUGCUGAUUCUAGGGCCAGGGCAGAAACAGAGUCGGGGGUGCAGGUAGGAAGGAGAGGUGUCUUUUCGCUGUAUCCCUCCGGAAUCCCGGCUUUUGAAUCUCUAGGGAGUUGAGUGUUCCUAAUGCGUUCUUGCUGUUCUUUCCUGCUACAAGUGGAAGGAGCCUGGGUAACUCUCAAACACUUCUUCCUUCCCUAACCAGGUGCACGGUAGGACCAAUAGCCUGAAGUGUGGGCAUCUUCUUUGGGAGGCUGCUCAGUGGGUUUCUCAGUAAGCAAGAGGAUUAAAAAAGAUCUAAAAGAAAUUUUACUACUGGUAAUUUGGAAUCUUCAUCUCAGAUGCUUUGGACCUGGGAAAUUUCUGCAGUGGGCGGGGAGUUUGUUCUCUAAUAUUUCACUUGGCAGUGUUUUAAUGCCCAAAGCAUAUUUAUAACUAAAUGGAUGCUUCCACAACAUCAUUGAGGUUAUUAAAGGCUGGCAGCUGCUGGAUCACAAAAUCCUACCAGCCAGCCCACACAAUGACCAACAUCUGCUAGCGGAUGGCCCAAGACUGACUGACAGGAGAGCUCAUUUGGAUGAAUGGCCAUUUUAGGGGCCUUCCCGAUUAAAUUGAAGGGGGUUACAUUGUGAUUCUUGGCUCUAUCCUCUCAUCUUUGGACCAGACACAUUUUUCCUCCAGCCGUUGUCAGCUUUUAUGUGACCAAACAAGGUAUGGGCCAAAUGCUGUUCACAGGGAAUCCUUUUCAGCCUUCAGCAGUUAAGGAAGAUUUUCAUCAUAUGGGAGCCUCAGCCCACAGGGAAAAUGACUUGCUGAGGAUGGACUACAACUGACAGAGACCAUAUUUGUACCUUCCAAACUUGUGUGUUUCAUUGAUGUAGAACAACUACCAUUACAUUCUCAGAAUAUUGCCACUUUUGCUCUAAGUUUGUCUUUCACAAUGAAAUAAAUGAAGUGGUGUCAUGUCCAUGCUUCUAAUUUCUCAGUGCAGAGAAUGAUUUCAAAGAUUAGCUUUUUUUUCCCUUCCCAGUGAUGUGCUUAUAUUGCACAAAGGUCUCAGCCUUUUUUUUUCUGAGACCUAAAGUUGAAAAAUUGUUACAGAAAGCAAACACUUAAUAUUCAAAAUACAGAUUUUAAAAAUUCUUGACUUUUUUUUGAAGAUGAGAGCUCUAAUGUUCUUAAGAUUUGGUGGAACUAACAUGUAAAACUUUUUUCACGUCACAUAUGACAAAAAUAGCUUUUUUUCUUCCCUCCCUAACAUGGUAGUGGUUGUGAUUGGGGCAUCCUUACAUAGUUUUGUUCUGCAGAUUUUGCUUCUCUAAUUGCUAGGCUGAUUAUGAAAGUUACAGGUGCAAAUGAUUAACAAUGACUCAUGAAAAGGUUAGAUGUUAAAAAAUUUAAGCCCAUUAUGUUUUUGCUCUCUCUGUCUUAAUGCAGUGCUUUCCAUUAUAGCAUCAAAAUAAGAUGUAGUCCUUUGGGGGAAGGGAGAGAGUGGCAAUUAAACAGAAAAUUCCCUGUGGUUAAAUAAUACUAAUGUGACAGUUCGCUGAACUACUUUGUGGAUUUGAACUCUUAAUCCUAAUUUUUUCUCCGAUAGAAGGAAAAAAACCAAAUGCACUGUUGAAACUGAAGGUGGGAAAAGGGUGGAGUUGCAGUAAACCGUUGUUAUGACAAGCAGCCGGGCUAGUGGGAUGUGAUGAAAUCUAGCUUGGGUGGUUAAGGAAACAUUCAGAUUUGAAGAAAAGGUGAAUGAAGUGAUGUGUAUAACUGGGUUUGUAGGGAGCCUUAACUGAUGAAAAGCAAAAGAGACAGUUAGCGUCUGAUCUAUUUAUUAAACUACCUUAGUGACAUAGUAGUAAGGCUGAUUUCAGAGAAAAGACUGUAUUCAUAAUUCUCCACAAUAUUUGGUUGGGUCAGAGUAUGUACAGAUGAGCAGAGUAGAGUUCUUUAACAUCCAUAUAUGUCUUUGUACAUAAGAAUAAAAUUAAGUUUAAUGAAUUAAAAAACACAAACCACAGAUUAUUAUGGAAUUAAGAGCUAUAAAAUUGGGAUGUUUAUGCCGUUCUUUUGCUUUGUCUUAUGUAUGUAAAUAUCUUUUUCUGGUGAAGGCACUGCACAAACCACAAUGCACAAUUUUUUUGUCCUUAUGAAUUUUAACUCAUUUCCGUGUGUUCUUCCACCUGAAAUAUUGAAGUUUGUUAUUAAAUGGAGAGGACUAUAGCUAAGGUUCUAAUGCAGAAAUAUUUUGGUUUUUUAUUGAAUCAUUACAUGAAUAUCAAAACUUGUUCGUUUCUAACUCUUGUUUUGAUCAAGUGAGAUAGCGUAAGUAAUUGUCCACUUGGUACAUAGCUUUUUCAUUAGUUUGAAAGAUAUAUUCAUGUGCAUACAUCUGUACUGCUUUAUUUUUUGUGUUGCUUUGCCUAGAAUAUUAACUAGAAAGCAGCCCAACAAGUAUUGAUAACACACUCCAUUUUAUAAAACCUUGUGAUCUCCGUGAUCAUAAUGAACCCUAAUAAUAAUGCAGGUUUUGGCAGAGUUCAUUAGGGCUCAGCAUAUGUGUCCUUCUGCUUUGACAGGCUAUAUGUUUAAGUCAGAUUUUUAAAGAUGUUGGUAUGUGAGGCAUAAUAUAAUUUACUGAAUGUGGA